CGGGGGCGCCGCGGCGGGGAGUGCCGAGCGGAGCCGCGACGCGUGCAGCCAAGCCCGGGAACCAUGGGCUCCAUGUUCCGGAGUGAGGAGGUGGCACUGGUCCAGCUCUUCCUGCCCACAGCUGCUGCCUACACCUGCGUGAGCCAGCUCGGCGAGCUGGGCCUCGUGGAGUUCAGAGAUGUGAGUGGGGCCGGGCUGGGCGUGGGAGGAGGCCUCGUCCUUGGGUGUCCCAGGUGGUGGACCAUCUGCCCCGUACUGGCCCCCGACCCUGCUUGAGUCCUGGCAGCCUCUGGUCUCAGGAAGGCCAGCUUUAUUCACGGCCAAGGUCACCCCCCGCCCCCCGCCGCAACUUGGGAUCAGCCAGGCCACCUGAGCCCUGCCUCGCUCUUCCGGGGUCAAUGGGGUCCGGUCUGUCUUCAGCUGGGCUUCUGGAAGGGGAUAGUGUGCUCAGCACCUCUGGGGGAAGGCAGCCAGGCCUGGGCCCUUGGUUGGGGGGAGGCCCUUGGCCCCCUGCCUGGGAAGCUGACCCCUCCGCGCGGCAACCACAGCUCAACGCCUCGGUGAGUGCCUUCCAGAGACGCUUUGUGGUGGAUGUUCGGCGCUGCGAGGAGCUGGAGAAGACCUUCACCUUCCUGCAGGCGGAGGUGCGGCGGGCUGGUCUGGCGCUGCCUCUGCCUGAGGGGGUGCUGCUGGCACCCCCACCCCGUGACCUUCUGCGCAUCCAAGAAGAGUCGGAUCGCCUGGCACAGGAGCUCCGGGACGUGCGGGGCAACCAGCAAGCCCUGCGGGCCCAGCUGCACCAGCUGCAGCUCCACUCGGCCGUGCUGAGCCAAGGCCAUGGCCAUGGUCCUCAGUUGGCAGCCACGCACACUGACAUGCCCUUGGAAAGGACCCCCCUGCUCCAGGCCCCCGGGGGGCCACACCAGGACCUGAGGGUCAACUUCGUGGCAGGUGCCGUGGAACCUCACAAGGCCGCCGCCCUGGAGCGCCUGCUCUGGAGGGCCUGCCGCGGCUUCCUCAUCGCCAGCUUCAGGGAGACGGAGCAGCAGCUGGAGGACCCGGUGACGGGUGAGCCCGCCACCUGGACGACCUUCCUCAUCUCCUACUGGGGCGAGCAGAUCGGGCAGAAGAUCCGCAAGAUCACGGACUGCUUCCACUGCCACGUCUUCCCCUUCGCGGAGCAGGAGGAGGCCCGCCUCGGGGCCCUGCAGCAGCUGCAGCAGCAGAGCCACGAGCUGCAGGAGGUCCUGGGGGAGACAGAGCGCUUCCUGAGCCAGGUGCUGGGCCGGGUGCAGAAGCUGCUGCCGCCCUGGCAGGUGCAGAUCCGCAAGAUGAAGGCCGUGUACCUGGCCCUCAACCAAUGCAGCGUGAGCACCACGCACAAGUGCCUCAUCGCAGAGGCCUGGUGCGCCACGCGCGACCUGCCCACCGUGCAGCAGGCAUUGCAGGACAGCUCGAGCGAGGCGGGUGUGAGCGCCGUCGUGCACCGUAUCCCCUGCCGGGACAUGCCCCCCACGCUCGUCCGUACCAACCGCUUCACGGCCAGCUUCCAGGGCAUCGUGGACGCCUACGGCGUGGGCCGCUACCAGGAAGUCAACCCCGCACCCUACACCAUCAUCACCUUCCCCUUCCUCUUCGCUGUCAUGUUUGGAGACGUGGGCCACGGGCUGCUCAUGUUCCUCUUCGCCCUGGCCAUGGUGCUGGCCGAGAACCGGCCGGCUGUGAAGACAGCGCAGAACGAGAUCUGGAGGACCUUCUUUGGUGGCCGCUACCUCCUCCUGCUCAUGGGCCUGUUCUCUGUCUACACCGGCUUCAUCUACAAUGAGUGUUUCAGCCGCGCCACAGCCAUCUUCCCUUCGGGCUGGAGUGUCGCAGCCAUGGCCAACCAGUCUGGCUGGAGUGAUACCUUCCUGGCUGAGCACCCGCUGCUCACCCUGGACCCCAAUGUCACUGGCGUCUUCCUGGGACCCUACCCCUUUGGCAUUGACCCGGUCUGGAGCCUGGCUGUCAACCACCUGAGCUUCCUCAACUCCUUCAAGAUGAAGAUGUCUGUCAUCCUGGGGGUCACCCACAUGACCUUCGGGGUGGUCCUGGGGGUCUUCAACCACAUGCACUUUGGCCAGUGGCACCGGCUGCUGCUGGAGACCGUCCCCGAGCUGGUCUUCCUGCUGGCGCUGUUCGGCUACCUCGUCUUCCUGAUCGUCUACAAGUGGCUGCGGUUCACGGCCGCCGACGCCGCCUCGGCCCCCAGCGUCCUCCUCCACUUCAUCAACAUGUUCCUCUUCUCCCGCAGCGCCACCAACAGGCCGCUUUUCCCCGGGCAGGAGGUGGUGCAGUCCGUGCUGGUGGUCCUGGCUCUGGCCAUGGUGCCCAUCCUGCUGCUCGGCACGCCUCUGUUCCUGCGGCAGCAGCACCGCCGUCACGCGCGGAGGCGACAGCUGGUAGAGGAUGAGGACAAGACUGGGCUUCUGGAUGCGUCUGUGUCCGUGUCCAGCCAGGGCUUGGAUGAGGAGAAGGCAGAGUGCCCGGGGGACCGGGAGGAGGCUGAGUUUGUCGCGUCCGAGGUGUUCAUGCACCAGGCCAUACACACCAUCGAGUUCUGCCUGGGCUGCAUCUCCAACACGGCCUCCUACCUGCGCCUCUGGGCCCUGAGCCUGGCCCACGCCCAGCUGUCAGAGGUGCUGUGGGCCAUGGUGAUGCGCGUGGGCCUGGGCCUGAGUGACGAGAUGGGUGUGGUGGCCGUGGUGCUGGUCCCCAUCUUUGCCGCCUUCGCCGUGAUGACCGUGGCCAUCCUGCUGGUGAUGGAGGGACUCUCGGCCUUCCUGCACGCGCUGCGGCUGCAUUGGGUGGAGUUCCAGAACAAGUUCUACGCGGGCACCGGCUACAAGCUGAGCCCCUUCACCUUCGCUGUGGAGGAUGCAGAGCACCCCUGAGCCUGCGCUCACCUGCUGCGCGGGAAGGAAAUAAAAGAGGAGGAAGGCCCCGGAACUGUGUCUUGUCCUGUGGGGAAGGCCAGUGGUGGGGCGGCUGGGUGUGGUGGAGCCUGGGCUCUGGGCGCGGGCUGGUCCUGCCCCGGGGUGCUUGUUUGGUCUGCCAGACACCAUGCCAGCCUCUGUGCCCAUCUCCCUUUGCAGCUGGAGUUGGUAUGCGUGUGGGGAGGUGGGAGGCGCCAGCCUGGGAUCUGGGGCUUUAAGAAGAGGACCCGGGAGCACACCUGCAGUAACCCCAGCCUCCUGGCGUGGGGGGGCCGCAACUGGGACCAAGGAGGACGUUUCCCAAACAGUCUAGCUGAAAAUGAAAGUGUCUUCCCAGGCUGGGCCGGGGGCUGAGCUCCCCAUCCUGGGGGGUGUGCAGACUGGCUGUAGAAUGAUGUCUAGGAUACUCUGGGUGUGGAGGGUGCGGCGCUGGAGCAGAGAGCAGCCUGGGACCCGGCGCCCCACAUGGGGCAGUGUCAGACCCGAGGCCACCUUCCUGCAGAGAAGGAACGAGGCUGUGCAGGGCAGCCUGGGUUUGCCCCGGGCUCCGAGGGUCAGGCAAAGGGCUGAGCUGCACUGCAGGCCCGGCCUCCUGCCACUGGGGAGGGUGGCCUGAGGGUCUCUGGCGUGGGUCCCACCCCCGGCUGGGAGGCAGGGCCAGAGCUUCCCAGAGGCCUCACUCUCGCCCACUGAGGAGCUGCCAAGUGGUUCUUUCAGCUGGAGGCCCCGGGAACAAAGGCCGCCUUGAGGGAGAGAUGCGGUGGGCACAGGGGCGUGGCCCCAUCACUGCGGCUCUCAUCUGGCCAGCUGCUGGGGGAGCCUGUCCCUCGGGGCUGGGACCGCCCUGCUCAGGGCCCUGAGACAUCAAGCUAUGACGUUUGGGGUACGAGGGCCUGGCAGCAACCCCGCGUGCCUGGCAGACGUGGCUGAGAAACGUGGACAGCAGCCUCUGGUUCGAACCGAGGGAGCUGCACCUGAUGCUCAGGAGGGCUGCGCACGGAUGUGGACUAAGCCCAGGACCCCAAGCUGUACCGUCCUGGGAGCAGAGCUGCGCAGAACGGGGCAGGUGACAGGAGCCCUGGGCAGGUGUAGUGUGGCAUGUGGAGAGGCAGGUAUGGCCCUGGGGAGACACUGGCUGGCCCUGCCCCGGCUGUGACACACACAGCUGGCAGCCCCACUGGAGAGGCGGGCUGCCAAAGGCCCAGAUCACCCAAGGCACUGAAGGGGGUGCCUCUAGGGUGUGGAGGCGGUCAGGAGUCACAGGCUAGGGGGUCCCCCGCAGGGAGGCCAGGCCUGCUCCCUGCUCCCGCAAGCUUGCCGUCUAACCCAGGACAACUGAAUGAAGCGACCGGAAUCCCAGAAUUCCCGAGAAGGAAGGUGACGGCCAGGAAGGACGUGGCUGGGGGAGUAGGGUGGCAUCAGGGAUGGUGCCAUUGUGGCCGGAGGGGUCUACCAAGGCCUGGGUGGCAACUUUGAGCUGACGGUGGAGGGAGGUGGUGGCAGAGGGCAAGGGCUGGACUGGUGAACACGCCGGCCUUAUGGGCUGGAAGCUUAGUUUUUUGUUUUUUGUUUCUUUUCCAUUUUUGCCUGCCCUGUGGCGCAUGGAGUUCCCUGGCCAGGGAUCAGAUCUGGGCCGCAGCUGUGGCAACACCGGAUCCUUAACCCACUGUGCCAGACCAAACCCAAGUCCCAGUGCUCCCAAGACGCCGCCAAUCCUGCUGCACCACAGCGGGGGCUCCAGGGAGCUCAGCUCUGAGCGAGAUCUCGCACAGGCUGCAGGAACGUUUAGUGCUAGUUUCACGCUGGGACGGCGAGACUGGCGAAGCGCUUCGGGGUUCCUCCCAGACGACCCGAUGCCCCGCGGGCACUUAAGGCGGCAGUGGCGCCCGCACCGCCGGCGGUCUGCAUCCGCCCCCGACCGAGGAGAGCGAGCAGCUGCGGGGGACCCCGGAAGGCCGCGGAGCAGCGUCAGUCUGUGUGCCCCUCGCCGCCUGCCUGCGGGGGCGAGCGGCGUCUACACCCGGAGAGCCUGGUCAGUGGCGUUCGCCUGCACGUUCGUUCAAGUCCUUGAACGGUCCUCAAGCAGACGAGGCACCUGCAGCACGACUCCGCUCCUGCCGUCUGCCAGGUCUGCCCGACCCAGGAGCGCCUCCUCUGGGUGAGGAGUCUGAGCUGUUGCACUACUGCACUAGUGUGCUCUGACUCUGCUUCCCGAUUCGUGCCAGGGUCCUAGUGAAGCCGCACACAAGACAGGAAAUAAUUGUUACUUCAUUUAAUACAGGCUUGGUCGCGCACACAUCUGUGUGGGCGGCGAGACGUCCGAGCCUUCUUGCCGCAGGUGCAGUAGUCGGAGCACAGAGCGACCCCGCAGGCUCAGCCGCCCCCACGCAGUCCAGGGGGGAGGGGCACGAGGCCUCCCAGGUCACACCCCCAGCUUCCUCUUCUGGUCGAAAUAGGCCUCGAACCUGGCUUGGGCGUACUCCUAGGAGACAGAAGGAACAGCGGCCUCAACAAGGGCUCCCCCCUUCCCCAGCACAGGGCCGUCCAGGAGCCGCGCUGCUCCAAGGACAGCCCUGCCCUGCCGCCAGCCCCGUCCACCCGCCCAGGUGCCCUGGUCAACCCGACGCAGUCAGCUGGGCCACCUGGCCCUGCAACCCAGAUGGGAGACGGGACUCCUGCUGCAGAGCGGGCCCUGCCAAGCUGCACUGGCUCCUCCACCUUGAACCUACAGGCACUGAUGGACAAGACAAAGGCUCUUCUUUCAAAGCACAGGGUCCCUGGGGCAAGGACGAAAGAAAGAAAUGCCACCUGUCUUCUGGGGUCUCCUGCUGCACGGUGACUAAAGACUAAAGGGAGGGAAGAAGCCCCAUCAGUGUGGGGAACGUGAUUUCCCAGGGACGCCUCCGGUGUGGGCCACGCUACCGCCAAGACGGCAGCGCCACUCACACGAGAAAUGAACGUGGCGGAGCGUGUACAUUCUGCAAACGUGAACGCAUUUUAAAUGUGCAGUGCGCACAAGCCCACACGUCCGGGUUGCCAGCAGCGGCCCAUGGGCCUCCGAUCUCUCUGGGGCCUCUGCGGUCAGGCCCGCCACAGACGGCCCCAGAACGCUGUCACGCAGAGGCGGUGGCCCCACACGCCCCCUCCGAGUCCGCCUUGCAUCUGGGACACAUCCACGCUGCGUGGGCGUGUCGGGCUGCGGGGCCAUCUCCCGGGGCAGGGUUCCCACGCUGUGCGCUGUCCACUCACCUGCCAGCUGGCAGGGAGACGGGUUCCAGCUCGGGGCUACGAAAAAUAAAGCUGCUGUGAGCAUCUGAAAACAA